AUGAGCCUUGCGAAUACCGUCGAGGUGCAUGACCACACCGAGCAUCAUGGUGAUGUUGCAUUCAUGCAGAUCUAUUCCAUUCCAGAGCAUCUGGCCGCCACUCUUUUUCCCACCUCAGAUCUUCCCAUCUCUGCAUUCAUACAGUUUUCCAUUCCAUCUGUGACUUCUGCCCCUCAGGCUGUUCUGCCUAAUACUAUUCAGCAAUACUUUUGUUUGGAACACCUGCACCCCAGCCCAAUUGAUCAUGCUCUCCUAUCUUCGCUGCCAAUCCCAACUGAGCCAAUCAUUACGGCACUUGUGCAUGUGGCGCCAGAGGCUUGGAAUGCUGGGAAGUGCUCUGUUAUAUAUGCUCACACCAACUCAACUUAUAGAUACCCCUUCUGGCUAAUCGCAUUUUGGGAUCAAAUUGCAAAAGACAUUAUACCUCCAUUGAUGAAAUGGCAGGCAGCACAUUGUUUUGUAGAGCAACAGUUGCGUGCCUCAGAGGCCAGUUCAUCAGUCGCAUCUAACUUUCAAAUGCAUUUAUCAAUGCUUCCUUGGGAGGGUAAUGUUUGUGGCUUCAUGGAUCACUCGCCUAUCAGCAAGCUGGCACAAUUUGCCUCGUGGAGCUGGCUCUGCGACAACAAUAUCAAUUUUGCUCUUGAACUCAUCCUUUGGCAGAUCAAAAGUAGUAUCAUCCUUGCCCCAUUUUGCAACAUUCUUCAAACCUACUUCACCAAUAAACUCAGGACCACCUUCGAGGCACGUCACCGUAAAGACUAUUUUGGUGCAGACGAUUGCUCACAACUUUGCGAGGUUGGGCAGGACAUAGCCAAUGGCAUGAAGACCUAUUGGAAUGACUUGCUUCGUCCACUCCAACCACUGGCUAUCUCUUGUUAUUGA